AUGUCCUAUGCUCUUGCACAAUGUCGGCCUCUUUUUCUUUCUUUCCUUUUUUGCCUUUUCUUUCUUUCUUUCUUUUUUUUUUUAGCCUUUUCUUUCUUUCUUUCUUUCUUUUUUUUAGUCUUUUCUUUCUUUCUUUUUUUUAGCCUUUUCUUUCUUUUUUUUGUAGCCUUUUCUUUCUUUCUUUUUUUUUUCCUUUUCUUUCUUUUUUUUGUAGCCUUUUCUUUCUUUCCUUUUCAUCUUUUUCUUUCCUUUUCAUCUUUCUUUCUUUCCUUUUCAUCUUUCUUUCUUUCCUUUUCUUUCUUUCUUUCCUUUUCUUUUUCUUUCCUUUCUUUCUUUCUUUCCUUUUCAUUCUUUCUUUCUUUCCUUUUCAUUCUUUCUUUCCUUUUCAUUCUUUCUUUCCUUUUCAUUCUUUCUUUCUUUCCUUUUCAUUCUUUCUUUCCUUUUCAUUCUUUCUUUCCUUUUCAUUCUUUCUUUCCUUUUCAUUCUUUCUUUCCUUUUCAUUCUUUCUUUCCUUUUCAUUCUUUCUUUCCUUCCUUUUCUUUCUUUCCUUUUCAUUCUUUCUUUCCUUUUCAUUCUUUCUUUCCUUCCUUUUCUUUCUUUCCUUUUCUUUCUUUCUUUCCUUUUCAUUCUUUCUUUCCUUUUCAUUCUUUCUUUCCUUUUCAUUCUUUCUUUCCUUUUCAUUCUUUCCUUCCUUUUCAUUCUUUCCUUCCUUUUCAUUCUUUCUUUCUUUCUUUCCUUUUCAUUCUUUCUUUCCUUUUCAUUCAUUCUUUCUUUCCUUUUCAUUCAUUCUUUCUUUCAUUCUUUCUUUCUUUUUCAUUCUUUCUUUCUUUUUCAUUCUUUCUUUCUUUUUCAUUCUUUCUUUCUUUUUCAUUCUUUCUUUCUUUUUCAUUCUUUCUUUCUUUUUCAUUCUUUCUUUCUUUUUCAUUCUUUCUUUCUUUUUCAUUCUUUCCCUUUCUUUUUCAUUCUUUCUUUCUUUUUCAUUCUUUCCCUUUCUUUUUCAUUCUUUCGCUUUCUUUCUUUCUCUUUUUCUUUCUUUUGCUUUCUCUUUUUCUUUUGCUUUCUUUCUCUUUUCUCUUUUGCUUUCUCUUUUUCUUUUUUCUUUUCCUUUCUUCCAUUUUUUCUUUUUUUUCUCUUUCUUUUUUUUGCAUUUUCUAUCUUCCUUUUUUUCAAUAA